UAUUUUCCGUUGCCAAGGCAUUCCCGAGGCAAACACUAGCUGGAUUGCUAGCCUAGCUGAUUCCAGAUAAUCUUAUUCUUAUGAUGUAAGCUCCGUUUAGCGUUCUUACAGAGUUCUACCUUUAGUGUGAAACAGUUUACUAGAACCAUCUCGACUCCAGCACUUUAGCUAUAGCUUCUAGCUCGCUGCGUGGCCAGAAUUACAAGGCGAAAACACCCAUUUUCCCGUUGGAUCAGCGCAGUCUUCAAGCUAGCGAGUUUAGUUACGUUAGCGUUAACUGCACAGCCACCAUGGCUGAAUUUGGCUUUAAUGAACACCAUCAGAAUGAAGUCAUCAGCUAUAUGCGAUUUGCUCGUUCUAAGAGGGUCCUGAGGCUAAAGACUAUUGAUUCGUGCUUUGAGGAACUCAAAGAUAGCAGGCUAGUGGAGGAAACCUUCACAGUGGACGAGGUGCGGGAGAUGCUGGAUGGGUUGCAGGUGGUGGUGCGUGGGGAUGUGGAGAUGGAGCUCAUCAACACAGCACACACCAACGUGUUGCUGCUCAGGCAACUUUUCUCGCAGGCAGAGAAGUUUUAUCUUCGAUUGCAGAGUGACAUCUCAGAGCUGGAAAACAGGGAGCUGUUGGAACAAGUGGCUGAAUUUGAGAAGACUGACUUUAAAACCAUGGAUAAAAUAAUUCAGGAAACAAGCAAACCCAAGUUAGCACCACUGAAUGAAGGCGGGGUAUCAGAACUUCUCAACAAGGAGAUAGGAAGACUACAGGAAGAGAAUGAUAAACUUAAAGCCAGGCUGAGGACUUUGGAAUCCCAGGCCAUGAGUGCACUAGACGAGAAAACAAAGGCAGAGCGAGCACUGAAAGACCUUCAGAAGGUGCAGGGUGAACAGCAGCUUGCUGCAAAAUCUCAGGAGAUCAGCAGUCUAGAGGACACCGUAGCAGCCCUGAAGGAGGACUAUGAAAGGUCUCUGAAUGUCAACGCUGCAUCUAAGAAGGACCUGCAGGAGAACCUGAUCUCCGCCAAACAUGAGCUCCUUCGAGUGCAGGAGCAGCUUGCCUUAGCAGAGAAGGAAUUGGAUAAGAAGUUUCAGCAGACCGCAGCCUAUCGCAACAUGAAGGAGAUCCUGACCAAAAAGAACGAGCAGAUAAAAGAUCUUAGAAAACGAUUGCAGAGAUAUGAACCCAGUGAAUGAGGUCUCCUCAACAUCUGGUCAGGAUGUCAAGAGGGUUAGACUGAACCAAAAUGAUUAUCGUGGUUUGGACAAGAAGCCACCAGUUCCACUGCUGCAAGACAAGAGAGAAAGAGAAAACAUUUCCAUUUUUAUAUCUAUAGUAGUUUUUGACGAUGUAAGAGCAGGGUGCUUCACCAUAUGAAUCCAACUGAAUCCACAAAUACAGUUACAAAUGUGCUUUUUCUGUCUCAGUUCAGAUUUACAGAUUUAGUAGCCAGCAGACUUCCCUCAGUGCUCUAUGCAAUUUCAAUCAUAUCCCUGUUUAAAGAGGCCUUGUCCAUUUGCUGAAUUGGACAGAUAUGUACUGUGUAAAGCUUUGCAGUCUCAUCUGUUAGGUGGGUUGCGGUAACGUUUUGCUUUUUGACUGGGGAAUUGUUGCUUUUUGUUAAUCAGUUUUAAUCUGUGUAAUCAACAUUCAAUCCAUUAACCAGGAUUUCAAGCAACCAGUGAGUUAGUUUUAUUGUUUAGUGAAUGGCUUAAUCCGUCUCUGGGAGGUCACGCCCCAUUUUAAUUUGUUACCGGAUGUUCUAAUAGCAUUUCUUGUAAAAGUAUUUCCAAUGAUAUGACAAGUACAGUAUGAUCAUUUAUUUUUCCUCCUGAUUUUUUGGAAGAUGUGGAUAGUGACCUAGAUGGCUCCCCGUGCUUACUCAAAAAGGGCCUAGAGUAUUUUUUUCUUGAAAUUCCAAUGAUGUACUUUUCGUAUUACUAUGGGUAAUUGAGUGUAAACGGAAAAAUCUGUAUAUUUAUAUACACAUGAUGUGUAUGAAGCAAUGCUCUUGUAGAGUACGAUAUCUACCCUAUGUUACAGUAGAUGGCAUCUGUUUGUACCGUGAAAGUGAUGGGUUAAUAAAAGCUGUUACCAAAUAA